AUGGGCUUCCUGGGAAUCUACCGCGCCAUCUAUGACUACACUCCUAACGAGGAUGCCGAGUUAGCCAUCAAGCAGGGCGACCUGCUGUACAUCCUCGAGAAGAAUGACGAUGACGGCUGGUGGAAGGCCAAGAAGAAGGCCGGCACCGAUGACGAGGAUGAGCCUUCUGGCUUGAUUCCGAAUAACUACGUUGAAAAGGCCGAGACGGUGGGCCAUGCCCGUGCCAUCUACGAAUAUACUCGCCAAACCGACGAGGAGCUGUCCUUCUCCGAAGAUGCCGUGCUAGAGGUCUUCGACACCACUGACGAGGAUUGGAUUCUUGCCGGAGUAGACGGCGAGUAUGGGUUCGUUCCCGCAAACUAUAUCGAGCUCCAGGCUGCUGCUCCUGCAAGUGCGCCAUCGGUGCCGGCGGCCCCAGCAUUACCAAGGCGGCCACCAUCCCAGAGCAUCGCGACCGAUGACAGCACUCCCCCGUCUGAUGAAGCACCGGCUGCAUCUCCUGCGAUUGCAGCUCCUGCGGCUGCCGAUCCAGCAGUCGCCCUUGCCAGCCUGAUUCAAAACCAAAAUCGACAAUCAACAAGGGAGCCCAUGACACUCAGGUUCAAAGAGCCGGAGUUGUCUGAUGAGGAGUCUAUUAGGUCGCCCGCUCUGCCCUCGCGGCCACGCCCACAGUCUCAAGCAUAUUCAGUGUCGUCGGAGCAGCCAGCCAAGCCGGAGCGAACCCCCGAAUCCCAGCCCAAAGGUCAUUUGAUCCCUGGCAACUUCCAUCUAUAUAACAUCAACGAGAUGGUAUCGGUCAUGGGCAAGAAGAAGAAGAUGCCGACAACUCUGGGCAUAAACCUCUUGACCGGUACGAUCCUCAUCGCGCCCGAACGAGCUGAGAACGACCCCCCUCAAGAAUGGACUGCCGAUAAGAUGACCCAUUACUCUCGCGAAGGCAAACACGUCUUUAUGGAGCUUGUCAAACCAAGUAAGAGCAUUGAUUUUCAUGCCGGAGCUAAGGACACUGCAGAAGAAAUUGUAUCUUCUCUCGGUGAGCUUGCAGGUGCUUCUCGGGCAGAGGGACUACGAGAGGUGAUUGCGGCAGGCUCCCAAAAGCGUCAAAGAAAGGGAACCAUUCUCUAUGACUUCAUGGCACAAGGUGAAGAUGAGGUGACCGUUGCUGCAGGCGAUGAGGUGGCCAUUAUCGAUGAUUCAAGGAGCGAGGAUUGGUGGCAAGUUCGCCGCCUAAAGAAUGGCAAAGAAGGUGUUGUUCCGAGCAGUUAUAUCGAAUUCUCAGGCACAAUCACGCCACCACUCGUGCAGUCAGCAACAGGGCCGUCUGGAGGCAAUUCCGCUAGAUCGGCCGUUGAGCAAAAUCGCCUGGAUGAGAUACGACUUACGAAAGAGGCAAUAAAGGCUGCUAGCAGGGAGCCUCAGCAGCAACAGCGGCCUCGACGCGAGAAUGGACGAAACGAUAGUGGCAGUCAUGCUUCAAGCAAAUCCAAACCUGAUGCAUCCAAAGUCCGAGUAUGGACAGAUCGAUCUAAGUCAUUCAGUGUCGAGGCUCAAUUCCUUGGGCUCAAAGAUGGCAAGCUACACCUCCACAAAAUGAAUGGCGUAAAGAUUGCUGUACCAAUAGCCAAGAUGUCGCACGAGGACCUUGUAUAUGUUGAGAAUCUCACCGGAAUAUCUCUGGACGAUGAGAGACCCCUUGCCGAUGUCAAACGAGCGUCAAAGGUCCCGGAACAGCCAAAGCCCGCUCCCGUUGGAGCUUCCGUGGACAAGGGCCCAGAAUACGACUGGUUUCAGUUUUUCCUUUCUUGCGAUGUCGCUGUUGGUCUUUGCGAACGUUAUGCUCAGGCAUUUACAAGGGAUUCUAUGGAUGAGAGCGUCCUACCAGACGUCGAUGCCGGCGUCCUACGGAAUCUGGGCUUGAGAGAAGGAGAUAUCAUCAAGGUAAUGCGUACUCUGGAUGCCAAGUUUGGACGCACCAAAGCCAAUGGCGAUGCCGAUGGCGGUCUCUUUUCAGGUCCUGGCGGUGCUCUGAGGAAUAACACAAGGAAGGGCCGGCCAGCCCCUGCAGUCCAAACUGGCGAUGUGGUCGACGCCGCCGUUUUCUCAACCAAGGAGGCACCUAGCUCUGGCGAGACGGCGGCGGCGAAACCGGCGUCUCCAGCAAGUCCGGUGAAGGAGCCCAAGCGUCCUGCGGGAGGAUUCGACGACGAUGCCUGGGAUGUGAAGCCCACAAAACAAGAACAGCAAACACAACCGCAGCCGGCAGCGCCAGUAGCGGAGGCCCCAAAGAAUGUAGAGCCUGCUCCCGCCCCAGCUCCCGCUCCCGCGCCUGUUGCCCUUACCGGAUCUCUACAAGAGCUUUCCUUGCUAUCAACACCAUUGGAGCCUAGCAAGAUCGAACCAAAGCCUCAGCCUCUGGCUCCGCUGCCGAGCGAACCGCAGCUGUCUGCACCCGCGCCCCAGCAGCCACUCCUCGGAGCAAGCCCAUCCUUCUUUUCAACAAUGCCGCAGCCCAACCAGCGGCCUCUGGCGCCGUCUAUUUCGCCGCCAGUCCAAGGCUCGCUCGUUGUACCGCCACCACCACAGCGACCUCUUUCUGCUCCGCAGUCGACUCUUCAGCAGGGCAUGUUUCAAGCGCCCGCGCUCGUCCCUCAGGUCACCGGUCUCGUCCAAGGCCAGGUUGCACCACCGGGCCAGAGCCUCAACGACAUUACACAGGCCCGGCUGCAGCAGCAAUAUGCAGCCCAGUUGCAGCAAAAUAUUCAGCCAAUUCAGCCGAUGCUGACGGGAUACAUUGGACCCCAACAGCAAGGCCUCCCACAGUUCCCCCAAGGUGCUCCCGGGCCGUACUUGCAGCCUAUGCUGACUGGUGCACCUGGCUAUAUCGAUCCUAGCCGCAUUAGCCAAUAUGGAGGACUUCAGCCCCAACCAACCGGCUUCCAGCCGUCUCUGGGCCAGUCUCCCUUUGGCACCGGCAGCAUCAACAACUAUCUCCCGCCGCCUCUGCAGCCCCAGCAGACUGGUUUCCAGUCUCUGCAGCCACUUCAACAAGGAGCCAAUAAUGAGUUGAAGGCACCCAUGCAGCCUCUUGUACCCCAAAAGACUGGACCUCCUCCGCCAGUCCGAUUCGGCGUCACGCCGGAAACGAAGAAGUUGACGCCUCAGCCAACCGGCCGACGGGCCAACCUGUCCCAAGCGACUCCUGAAAACCCGUUCGGUUUCUAG